GAAGCCAAGGUCCCAACAGCUCUCUCCUGUCUCCCAGCCUCCUCGAGGAGGAGGGAGGGACGGUACAAGAGAGGAGGGGCGGGGGUCCCAUCACUGAGCACUGAGGCCGGGGGUCUGAGCCGCCGCCGCCGCCGCCGCCGCCGCCGGGCUCUCACCUCACCCCCCAGCCCCGGGCUGCGGCCAUGGGACCCCCUUCCAGCUCCGGCUUCUACGUGAGCCGCGUGGUAGCCCUGCUGCUGGCCGGGCUGGCUGCCGUGCUCCUGCUGGCACUGGCCGUACUCGCCGCCCUGUACGGCCACUGCGCUCGCGUCCCGCCGUCGGAGCUUCACGACCGCGGGGGCCCGCACGCCGCGCCCUCCCCGCCAGGCAGGCAGGAGCCGGCGCGAACCCCGAAGCCCGGCCCCAGUCUGGAGACGGAGGUGGCGCCCACCCCGCGCAACUGGCGACCCCCGGGGCCCUGGGACCAGCUGCGCCUGCCGCCCUGGCUCGUGCCGCUGCACUAUGAGCUGGAGCUGUGGCCCCGUCUGAAGCCAGAAGAGCUCUCGAGGCCGGCGUUGCGCUUCACUGGCCGCGUGAACAUCACCGUGCGCUGCAUCGCGGCCACGGCGCGGCUGCUGCUUCACAGCCUCUUCCUGGACUGUGAAAGCGCCGAGGUGCGGGGACCACUGUCCCCGGACGCCGGAGACGCCACCGUGGGCCGCGUGCCGGUGGACGAGGUGUGGUUCGCGUUGGACAUGCAGUACAUGGUGCUAGAGCUCGGCGAAGCCCUGCAGCCCGGGAGCCGCUAUGAGCUGCAGCUCAGCUUCUCCGGCCCGGUGUACCAGGACACCAGGGAGGGACUCUUCCUCAAUCUCUACACGGACCAGGGUGAGCGCAGGGCCCUCUUAGCAUCUCAGAUGGAACCAACAUUUGCCAGGAAUGUUUUCCCUUGUUUUGAUGAGCCAGCUCUGAAGGCAACGUUUAAUAUUACAGUUAUUCAUCAUCCGAGUUAUGUGGCCCUUUCCAACAUGCCAAAGCUAGGUCAGUCUGAAAAAGAAGAUGUGAAUGGAAGCAAGUGGACUGUUACUACCUUUCACACCACGCCCCACAUGCCCACUUAUCUAGCGGCCUUUGCCAUCUGUGACUACGAGCAUGUCAGCAGGACUGAAAGGGGCAAGGAGAUACGCAUCUGGGCCCGGAAAGAAGCCAUUGCAGCUGGAAAUGCAGACUUUGCUUUGAACAUCACAGGUCCCAUCUUCUCUUUUCUGGAGGAUUUAUUUAAUAUUAGUUACCCUCUUCCAAAAACAGAUAUAAUUGCUUUGCCUACUUUUGACAACCGUGCAAUGGAAAACUGGGGACUGUUGAUGUUUGAUGAGUCAUUAUUGUUGCUGCAACCAAAUGAUAAACUAACAGAAAAAAAGACUGUGAUCUCCUAUAUUGUCUCCCACGAGAUUGGACAUCAGUGGUUUGGAAACUUGGUUACCAUGAAUUGGUGGAACAAUAUCUGGCUCAAUGAAGGUUUUGCAUCUUAUUUUGAGUUUGGAGUAAUUAACUACUUCAAUCCUAAACUCCCAAGGAAUGAGAUCUUUUUUUCUAACAUUUUACAUGGUGUCCUCAGAGAAGAUCACGCCCUGGUAUCUAGAGCUGUCUCCAUGAAGGUGGAAAAUUUCACAGAAACCAAUGAAAUAAACGAGCUCUUUGACCUAUUUACUUACAACAAGGGAGCGUCUCUGGCCCGGAUGCUUUCUAGUUUCUUGAAUGAGAAAAUAUUUAUCAGCGCACUUAAGUCAUAUUUGGAGACAUUUUCUUACUCAAAUGCUGAGCAAGAUGAUCUAUGGAGGCAUUUUCAAAUGGCCAUAGAUGACCAGAGUAAAAUUCUUUUGCCAGCAACGGUGAAAAGCAUCAUGGACAGUUGGACACACCAGAGUGGUUUUCCAGUUAUCACCUUAAAUGUAUCUACUGGAGUCAUGAAACAGGAGCCAUUUUAUCUUGGAAAGGUUAAAAAUCAGACCCUUCUAACCCACAAUGACACAUGGAUUGUACCUAUUCUUUGGAUAAAAAAUGGAACUACACAGUCUUUAGUCUGGCUAGAUAAAAGCAGCAAAGUAUUCCCUGAAAUGCAAGUUUCAGAUUCUGAUCAUGACUGGGUGAUUUUAAAUUUGAAUAUGACUGGAUAUUAUAGAGUUAACUAUGAUAAAUUUGGUUGGAAGAAAUUAAAUCAACAGCUUGAAAAAGAUCCUAAGGCUAUUCCUGUUAUUCACAGACUUCAGUUGGUUGAUGAUGCCUUUUCCUUGUCUAAAAACAGUUAUAUAGAGAUUGAAACAGCACUUGAUUUAACCAAGUACCUUGCUGAAGAAGAUGAAAUCAUCGUGUGGCAUGCAGUUUUGGUGAACCUAGUGACCAGAGAUCUCGUUUCUGAUGUGAACAACCAUGAUAUAUAUCCACUAUUAAAGAAUUAUCUGUUAAAGAGACUUAUCUCAAUAUGGAAUACUUAUUCAACUAUAAUUCGUGAAAAUGUGGCAACAUUGCAGGAUGACUAUUUAGCUCUAAUAUCACUGGAAAAACUUUUUGGAACUGCGUGUUGGUUGGGUCUUGAGGACUGUCUUCAGCUGUCAAGAGACCUUUUCAGAAACUGGAUGAACCAUCCAGAGAAUGAAAUACCUUAUCCGAUUAAAAAUGUGAUUUUAUGUUAUGGCAUUGCCUUGGGAAAUGAUAAAGAAUGGGAUUUUUUGUUAAAUAUCUACAAUAAUAAAACAAAGGAAGAAGAAAGGAUUCAACUUGCUUAUGCAAUGAGCUGCAGUAAAGAUCCGUGGAUACUUAACAGAUACAUGGAGUAUGCCAUCACUACAUCUCCAUUCACUUUUAAUGAAACAAAUAUAAUCGAAGCUGUGGCAGCCUCUGAAGUUGGCCGAUAUGUUGCAAAGGACUUUUUAAUCAACAAUUGGCAAGCUGUGAGUGAAAGGUAUGGAACACAAUCAUUGGUUACUCUGUUAUACAUAAUAGGGAGAACCAUAAGUACGGAUUUACAGAUCUUAGAGCUGCAGCAGUUUUGCAGUAACAUGUUGGAGGAGCACCAGAGACUCACAGUUCAGGCCAAAUUACAGACAAUAAAGAAUGAAAAUCUGAAAAACAAGGAGCGAAGUGCCAGGAUAGCUGCGUGGCUACAGAAAAACACAUAAUUUAGUGGCAACUUUCGGCCCUUCUCUUGCAUAUUAUAAUGUGCUCACGGUUUUGUCUUCCAAUAUUCUGUGAGUCUGGAAAACCACACGUUUUGUUAUUCGUAGUUCAGUCACAUUUACUACUCAGAGUACUGUUCUUCCCCUAUUGUCACGUUUGGCCCUGAGGCUCAGUGAUUGUUGAGGUUUUUGCCAAUAAUGCUGUAUUUCUGGGGAAGAUUUUGCUUCAUGUUGGGCUAUAAACCACAUGAUUUACUUUAAAUGCCUUGGAAAAACAAAUU